CGCACGCGCCAGCCGGCCUCUAAUUGCUUCCGUCGUUUCCCAUCCUCUCCUCGCAGGCCCUCCCUCGGAGUGGGUGGGAGUGGUCGGGAAGAGAUGAGGCGGUUGCAGAAGAGCGUGAGGUAGUAAAUAACCCUCUAACCUUCUCCGGGAGGAUCGAAUAUCAGUGCGCGCUUCCCCGGCAGAGAGGACGGGUUUAUAUUCGGUCAGGCGACACCCUGCAGGGAGAGUUCUUUAUCACCCGAGUGGGAGGAGGACGCUCGUGCCUGGCCCUGAAUGGUUGCAUGGUCGGCGGAACUUCGGAUUUGAAUCUGGGGAUCAUUUUGAAAUGUGGUGGUUUCAGCAAGGACUGAGUUUCUUGCCUUCUGCCCUGGUUAUUUGCUCAUCUGCUUCUUUUGUGUUUCCAUAUGUUAUUGGAGUCCUCUUAUAUCAUGUUGACCCUUUGGUACCCUAUAUCAGUGAUACAGGGGCAAUGCCUCCAGAAAGAUGCUUGUUUGGAAUAAUGUUAAGUUUUGUUUCCUUCUUGGGCAUGGCUACCAUGUACGUCCGGUACAAACAAGUCAGUGCUUUGAACCCUGAAGAACCCAAGAUGCUCAGACUAAAUAAGGCUGGCUUAGUGAUAGGAAUGGUUAGCUGUUUGGGGAUUUGCAUCAUUGCAAACUUCCAGAAGAAUGUUAUACGUUUCAUGCAUUCACUUGGAGCUUUCCUCACAUUUGGAAUUGGAAUCAUAUAUAUUUUGGUUCAGACAAUUAUUUCCUAUAAGAUGCAGCCACAAAUUCAUGGGAAGGAUAUUUUUUGGAUCAGAUUGACAAUACUGCUAUGGUGUACAGUCAGCACAGUGAGUAUGUCUAUUUCUUCAUUCAUUUUACUCAACUUAAAUGGAAUAGACUCCCUAUGGAAGCAGCAUUGGGAUCCCCAAGAGAAAGGAUAUGUCUUCCAUAUUAUUAGCACAAUUUCUGAAUGGUCUUUGGCUUCCAGUGUCCUCAGUUUUUUCCUCACUUUUAUCCGUGACUUCCAGAAAAUCUCAUUGCAUACAGAAACAAGCCUACUUGGGCCUAAUCUUUAUUAUACGCAAGAGCAGCUUCUACCAGAUGACCAAGGAAUGCCAAUCACAGGAAGCAUAUGAGAAGAAGACAGAGAAAAUGAUGUAAAUUAGAACUUCUCUCAGAAAAA